UCAUCACCUCAUCACUCAACUCCGUCACCCACUCUGAACCUUCUCAAACCUAUCACCCACUUCACCAUCAAUCUUACCCUCUCGCCGCCUCACCGUAAAUCUCACCCUCUCGCCGCCGCAUCACUAUUUCCCUCACCUCAAACUCAUUCUCGCGGCUUCACCCUCACUCUCUUCUUUCAGCCUCACUCUCGUCUUUCAUCCUUACUCUCAUUGUUGUCCACUCAUCUCUCAGCCUCACUCUCCCCAUCUCCCUCUCGUCUCUCGUCUCUAAUUCUCAUUUUCGUCUCUCAGGCUUACUCUCACUGUCGUCCAUUCUCAAUCAUUGCUAAAGUGACAUUGAAAGGGUAUGAGCCUUUACCUAGAAGAAGAUGUUCUACUAAAUUUUUUUCAAAGGUGGCAGUGAUAAAGGAAAGGCCAAUCCUACUCGGUGUAAACCAAAUAUGUUACGGCCGGGUAAGUUUAAUGAGUAGCGGGAUGUCAUACGUUGCAAAUUGUUUACCACUAGGCCACUUCAUUGAUCGUCUCCAGCCAUGUCUCAACCUCAUGCAUCGACUAAGAUUGUAGCACCUGUUGAUACUGUAACACCACCAUCCCACCCGACACCAUCUCCCAUCUAUGCCUCAAUCCCUGAGGUAUUUGUGUUUAUGCCGACUCCAAGUUUAAGUCUUCAGACCAUGUGUGCCUCUUCACAAUAUUCCCCACGUGAGACUCUGAUAGAGAAGAAUGUGCAACAAACUUCUAAUGAUCAUGAGGAUAUGGUGGAAAAUAGGGACCACAACCAAGAGGAUGGGGAGGUGGGUCAAUGGAACGUUCCUCCUUUCGUAUUUGUGAGAGAUGAUAAUGGAAAAUUCAUUAUACGACCUUAUGGUAAAAGACUCAGUCCUAGCAACGCAAUUGCAUUUGCCAUUAGGUAUGCCAUACAAAAACAGUUUCGUGAGCAUGUCUAUGGUUGGAGUGCAACCACUGACAUAAUUAGACAAGAUUGGUUUGAAAAAUUUGAGGCCGAUAAAAGACUAUCAAAUAUGGUUACAAAGGUGAGGAAGAAAGGACUCGACCUAGUUGGAUAUAUGAUGAAGCUUGGAUUGGUCUUCAAGCAUAUUGGGAAGAUAUAUCAUUCAAGAACAUCUCCAACCAAAAUAAGACCAAUCGAGCUUCAGUAAAAGGCAGAGUUGUCUACACCUCAGGCCGCAAGGCUCAUAUUGAUGUUGCACUUGAGCUUAGCAAUAACCUUCAAAGAGAUCUACUUCCCGAUGAGUUAUUUUGACAACCCAUAAGAAGAAAAAUGGUGCUUGGAUUGAUAGUCGCGCAGAAUCCACCUAUAAACAUUUAAAUUUUUUUGGAGGAAGUACAAACACAACUUGGCGACACAAGUGUAGAUGAUGCUAAACAAGUAGAUCGAACGACAAUACUUAAGUUAUGGACACAAUUUGCAGGGGGUCUCACUCGUGGUCGAGUUUAUGGUACGAGAAACUUAUCUGUUAACCUCCGACAUGGGUGUAUAUCACUUACACAACAAUCCCAAAAUCAUUCUAAUUCUAUGACUGGGAUGUCUUUAGAAGCGGAGAGUGCAUCUAGAAUUAGAAUUGAACAAAUUUCUCAGGAUGUAGUGGUCCAAGCUCAAGUGGCUACCAAGCUCACCGAAGAGGCUAGGGAGCAUUCAAAGAAAUUAGAGAAUGAUUUUGAUGCCUUAAAGCAGUUUUUGGUAGAUAAAAUUGACGUUUUGCAUCGUCAAUCAGCUGAUGGAUCAUCUAGUGCGAGUCAUCCUCUUUCGCAUCCUCAUUAUGAUGAUGAUUUGGACGUCUUGUCACUGGACGAAUCUUGAUCUCAUAGUUAUCGUUACUUUUUAAUGUAAUUGGUUGACAAUUAUGUAAUAGGUGACUUUGUUAUGUUGUUAUUUGACAUUAUGUUAUUAUUUUGUAGUUUGAGAGCA